GGACAAUCUCAAGCAGUCAAGCGUGUCAGACUGGCAUGGGUGUGUUGCCCAGCAACGAUGGAUAGCUCGCGAGUUAGCGCCACACGCCUGCGCCACAUCGAGGCGCCGUGACGUUGGACGGCUUUUCCCGUCUCGAUCUCGCGAAAAGGUCAGUUUGCGUUCAAUUAUCCAUCGCUGCACACCAUAGCGACAUGAUGCGAGGCCAAUCGCAACUGGUCCGAUCGACGCAAAGACUGCGACCUCAGUCAACCUCGCACAGCGUCUGUCGACAAUGCCGCGCCAUUCAGAUCAGCGCAGCGCCGAGCAGCGAACCACGAGCUGGCGGGGAUGCCUUUGGGACGACGCUCGAAAGCUCCCGCGAUGCAGCUGACGCUCGCUUCGAAGUCCUCGGUUCCCCCUACUCGAUGCUCUCGGUCACACUCUCCGCCUCGCAGAAGCUGUACACUCGACGAGGGACUCUGGUUGGCAUGGCCGGCAAACCUGAGAACGCUCAAUCGACGCUCUCUCUACUGAACCCUCUCUCGCGAGCUCCGUUUGGCGUUCCCUUUCUCUACCAAAAGAUCUCGGCCACUACCCCCAUCACCGCCCUCAUCUCGACGAAAUCACCGACGACAACCUUCCAAAUUCUCCACCUCGAUGGCACCACCGACUGGAUGGUGUCGCAACGCAACUCCCUCCUCGCCUGGACAGGACACACCCUGACACUGUCCUCGCGCAUCCAGCACAACCUCUCCAUGGCCCACUGGGGAAGCACGUUCCUGACCGGCCGUGGUGUGGCAGCUCUCUCGGCCCCGGGCCAGGUCUACCAGCUCGACUUGGCCGAGGGUGAGGAGUUCGUGGCACACCCAGGCAGCGUGGUCGCCUACUCGAUAUCGCGCAACGCACCACAGCCCUUCCGCUUCAAGAGCUCAAGCCUGCGGCUGCAGGUCCCCUCGUUGACGAGGUGGCUGCCCGAAUGGGAGUUGAUGCGCACGAUCCGCCAGUCUGCCGCUUACAAAACCAUGGCGCGGAUGUUCUACAGUCUCCGCACGGUGACACGGAGGACUAUCUGGGGCGACAGGCUCUUUCUGCAGUUCAAGGGACCGACUCGUGUGAUCAUGUCGAGUCGGGGCGUCAGGGUGGCGGAUGUGCUUUCGGACAAGCAGGUGAACGAGAUUGCUGAUGCGCCUGCUGGUGUCGCGCCUGCGGCCGUGGAGUUGGCGACGAAGCCCGAGGGCGAGGUGAAGCUCCCGGCGCCACAGACCACGCAGCAGGCGCCGAGUGCGAUACGGGUUGCGGAGGUGCACAAGGACGGCAAGGUGACCUUUGAGGAUAAGAAGGAUCUCAAGGAGUUUGUAUAAAAGUAUGGCGGGUGUAGAUGUACUGGUGUACAACACGUUUCUCCUCUGUUGUUAUUGUUCUAUAAACCCCCAUGCAUAGAUCGGCACUAUGACAGGAAGUAAAGGCUAAAUGACGCCCAGACCAUACAGAUUGCAUUGUCCUCUGGUGAGAAAGGUCAUGUCUAAAAGAGGCCAACUCGAAUAUUGAAUUUGGCUUUCCUGGUUUCUUUCACAUGCCGCCAACCAGUGUAUCAAGCGGGAUCCCGGGUAGGUGGUAGUCAAUGCCUUGGACAACCUACGGACCCCACAUUGGCCGGACUUGACCUUGAUCGACUCGUCCAUUUCAAAUUGGAAUUCCCAUCCCCU